ACAGUGUCAUCAACACAUCUGUCACAAGAACGGGCUUGUUUGCGUAUAUUAUGAUUCUGCAAUCAAUGCAGAGUAAAUAAAUAGGAGGGAAAAACGCGCGCGAAUUCAGUUGUACGCCGCCAUUACGCCUUAACUGUCACUUUCGCUUUUAUUUCCGAACGUUUUCGGUGUGUUAGUUAUCUGUGAAACAAAUAAAAAAAAUGAAGAACACAAUUAUUAUUUUCGCUUCGCUAACAACAUUGGCGAUAGGAGAAAAUUUAUUACCGGAAGAUUUCACCAGAUGUCGCCAGAAGGACGCCAAGCUAAAUGACUGCCUCAAGGGAGCUGUGCCAGAUGCGCUCCGGAGAAUGACUAAAGGUAUUCCAGCACUAUCAGUGCCGCCGCUGGAACCACUUUUGGUGUCCGGCAUGAACAUUGAGACUGGCGCGGGACCAGUCGUUAUCAGCCAGGUCUACCGAAACAUACAGUUGCACGGACUUACGGACUCCCGUCUUACGUCUUACAAAGCAGACCUCAAGCAUUACAGACUGAGAACAGAUUCAAUAACACCUAAGAUGGAUUUUAUCGCGGAUUAUGUGAUGAAAGGAAGAAUAUUAGUCCUGCCUAUCCAGGGUAAAGGAGUUGCAAACAUUACCAUGGUUAAUUUGGUUGUAAAACAUGAUUUGAUCGGUGAACCUGUAAUAAAGGACGGUGAAACGUACAUGCACAUAAAAGACUACAAGGUCAAAUUCAUUCCUGAGAGAGUUAUUCUUCAUUUCUCCAAUUUAUUUAACGGCGACAAGGCCUUAGGAGACAACAUGAACAAAUUCCUCAAUCAAAACUCCGACCUAGUUUUCAACGAAUUGAAGGAGUCAUAUGAGAAGAGUCUUAGUUCAGUAUUUCAGGAUGUCACAAAUAAAAUAUUCGACAAAGUUCCAAUGAAUAAAAUCUUCCCAGAGGAAUAAUAGCUGUGAUCAAAAAUUAAUAUUUAGGUGUAUUUGAGUUGCAUGAUUUCUUUUACAAUUUGUGCAAAGAUGAAAGUGAUUUAAAAAUAAGUUUAGUUAAGUAAGAUAAACGUUUACAAAAGUUACCAACAAAAUGUCUGAUUAUAAAAUUACAGUACUGUAUUUAUAAAAACGCUUUAAUAAAACUUGACUUAAUUAAUUUUAAGUAAAUAAUUAAUAAG